GGCACAAACUGAUAUAGACGUAAAAUAUGAAAUUCUCUCAGUACGGAUAGAUAAUGGUGUAUAGCAUAUUCAAAUGAAGCUUCAUCAACAACAACAAUGAACCACUUGUCUCUUCGUUAUUUUUGUAUUGAACGUAAAGCGGAAAAAUUGAUAGCUACUCACAUGUGAUGAGAGCGCAAAUAAGAUCACUUCAUUAAUAAGUUCUAUUUUAGAGUGGCAAGACAUAAUUUUUUUCUGUUCAUGAGAUUAUUUAUUAAGUUUUAAUCAGUUCCUGAUGGCUGAAAAUGUCCAAAAGGAUGACGAUGUGAAAGUAAAGCAACGAACAAUUUUGUGGUUUUUGGUGUUUACAGGAUUCAGCAUAAACUACAUGAUCAGAAUAAACGUGAAUAUUGCGUUAAUUGAUAUGCUAGAUACUGUGUACAGAAAACCUUCAAAUACACCAAAUGUUUCAAUUGAGUGUGUAGCUACUAAUGAUGUUUAUACUAAUGAUACGGAGAAUUUGAAUAAUGACUUAAUUGAAAAUGAACACACAAGGCUAUCUUUAGAAAGAAGAAUAUUGGAUUUUUUAUCGAUCGACUACGAUCGAGAUGGAUUCAAUUGGAAUGAGAAAAUACAGGGACAAAUUUUAGGCAGUUUCUUCUCCUUUCAUUUCCUUUUACAACUUCCAGGAGGUAUAUUAGCAGCAAAGUAUGGCACGAAACUUAUUUUCGGAGUUGCCAAUUUCAUUGGAUGUAUAUUGUCAUCAUUUAUGCCAAUAGCUGCUUAUAUUGACUACCGAAUAUUAAUCGCAUUAAAAGUUUUACAAGGAAUUAUUUGCUCAAUGUGUUGGCCUUCAAUGCAUCAUUUGUCUGCUCAGUGGAUACCUGCAGAUGAGCGGGGGAGAUUUGUCUCUUCGUAUCUUGGUUCAUCAUUUGGUGUGGCAAUAUUUUAUCCAAUUUUCGGAUUCAUCAUGAAGGCUUACAGCUGGGAAUAUGUCUUUCAUUUCUGUUCGUUAAUCGGAUUGAUUUGGUGGAUCAGCUGGCAAUAUUUUGUCUAUGACUCGCCACAAAAGCACCCAAGAAUAACUGAGAGUGAAAAGAAAUAUUUGUUGGAAGCUUUAAGUUCAUCGAUGCAGCUUCAUGAUCAGGAACAGAAACGGAAAAUUCCAUGGACUAAAAUUCUGACAUGCUCUGGCUUGUGGAUUAAUACGAUUGCACAAUUUGGUGGAAUUUGGGGACUUUUUACAAUUUUAACACAAGGACCUUCUUACUUCCGAUUUGUUCAUAAAUGGGAUUCAACAAAAAUUGGUCUUGUUUCUGGACUGCCACAUUUAUUUCGAAGUUUUACAGCAAUUUUCAUUGGACAAUUCUUAGACUAUCUGCUGCAAAAGAAAUGUCUAACAAGGAAUCAAGUACGAAAACUUGCAACAGGAAUUUGUACAAUUGGAAAUGGAAUUUUCGUCCUACUUCUAGCAUUUUCAGGCUGCAAUGCUUUAUUUGCUUGUAUCUGCAUGAUAAUAGCAACUGCUUGUCACGGCGCUGUUAGUUCAGGUCCAUUAGCAGCUGUAAUUGAUAUCUCACCAAAAUAUGCAGGCGUGUUGCUUGGAAUAAUCAACAUGAUUUGUGCUGUUCCUGGAUUUGUUUCCCCAAUUGUUGUAUCAUAUUUUACGUACCAAAACCAAAGUACUGAAAGUUGGAAAAUUGUCUACUUGAUAUCAGCCUUCCUGUUAAUAAUAAGUGGAAUUAUUUAUGUCAUAUUUGCUGACUCAACUCAAAGAAAAUGGAACAAUCCAAUUAAAGCCAAAGAAGACUGUGAUGAAAAUAAUGAAGAACUUGAAAGUCUUGAUAAAAAAACCCAGAAAUAA